AUGACAGAAUCAUCCGGCCAAGACGUUAACCCAGCAGAAUCAAUACUCACCUCUCUUUCUCACAGAUUAGCCCAGCAGGAACAAAUCCUCCCGAAACUCAUGGAGCAGUUAACCCAAUCCAACCAACGCUGCCAGCAGUUGGAGACAAUAGUUCGGCAACUACAUGAAUCCAUUUCUACGACUCGUCCCUCCACAUCCUCCUCGGAUUCACAGUUAAAUCCAACCACUGCUACAAGCAUUCAUGGAGCUGAAGCUACAAGCUCCUCAGAGGAGACUCAUUUCCGCGUUGCCCCGUCACCGGCGACAACCACCUUCGGAGGUGAGUUUGAGGAGUGUCACAGUUUCCUGCUUCAAUGCAGAUUGGCAUUUGAACGUAGCCCUGCUGCUUUUAGAUCUGAUUCAGCCAAGAUCUCCUAUGUUGUUGGACUUUUACGGGGCAGAGCCUUAAGAUGGGCUGAGGCCAAGAGCCACAAUGAUUCGUUUUUACAUGGACUCUUUAAUGACUUUGUGACAGAAUUCACCCAGACGUUUGGCAGUGUGGAAUCUGUUUCUGACAUCAGGAGGAAACUAAUAAAUCUCUCCCAAGGCAGACGUUCUGUGGCAGACCUGGCUGUGGAUUUUCGAAUCUUAGCAGCACGCACGACUUGGGAUGAGGAUGCCCUUAUGGGGGCUGGCCAUGUCAAUAGACAAGCGUCACCGCGAGAUGAGAAGAGUGGAGUUGGUGACCCCUCUUCCUGUUCCAGAACAUUCCUCCGGGGCCAGGGGGCGUUCCACACCCGAACUCCUACCCAAGGACGAACCCAUGCAAAUGGGCAGAGCCAAACUCACUCAGGAAGAAAAAGAGCACCGACGCAAGAUGGGACUCUGUUUAUAUUGUGGAAUAGCGGGGCAUGUCGUGAACAACUGUCCCUCUCUGGUAAAAGGGCACGCCCACCGGUAAGACCGGGUCUAUUGGUGGGCGGUAACCUGAUUUCUUCUGUGACCCGGUGUUCUUUGCCAUGCACUUUGUUUUAUCAAUCUAAGCAGAUUCCUCUUGAAGCCCUAGUGGAUUCUGGGUGUGAGCAAUCGUUAUUGGACCCUCGACUGGUGACUGAAUGGGGAAUUCCCACAACGAAGCUCUCUACGCCUCGCUCUGUCUCUUCCCUGGAUAACCGCAAUCUCUCAUCCAUAACUCUCCAGACGGUUCCUCUCCGCCUUCAGGUUUCAGGUAACCAUGUGGAGACUCUCACUUUUUAUGUGUUCCCUUCCCCUCAGUCUCCACUGGUGCUAGGACAUUCAUGGCUUGUCCGCCACAACCCCUUUCUCGACUGGAGGGAGAACAAGAUCAUUGGAUGGGGCCCAGAGUGCUCGCAGUUGUGUCUGCGCUCCGCAGCUCUGCCUAGCCGUGGACCUGUCAAUCCCCCUGCAGAGAACAUCGAUCUGGCUACGGUACCACAAGUUUACCAUGAUCUGAAACUUGUUUUUAGUAAAGACCGUGCUUCUUCAUUACCCCCACACAGACCGUUUGACUGUGCUAUAGAUCUAUUACCCGGAGCCCCUCUGCCUUCCAGCCGUUUGUACCAACUGUCCAAACCGGAGAGAGAGAGCAUGGAGGAGUACAUCCAGGACUGUCUUGCAGCCGGCACUAUUCGACCGUCAUCCUCCCCUCUGGGUGCCGGCUUCUUUUUCGUGCCUAAGAAGGACGGUUCCCUCAGGCCCUGCAUUGACUAUAGAGAAGCUGAAUCCGCUUUUCAGGUUCUGAAGAAGAGAUUUGCCGACGCACCCAUCCUACACCGGCCUGACCCUCAACGUCAGUUUACACUGGAGGUGGAUGCCUCGGACACUGGUGUGGGGGCUGUGCUCUCCCAGGUGGCUGAAGAGGACAAACGCCUGCAUCCCUGUGCGUUCUUCUCACGACGCCUCACACCUACCGAGAGCCGUUACGACGUAGGGGACAGAGAGCUGUUGGCUGUGAAACUGGCCAUUGAGGAAUGGAGACAUUGGUUGGAGGGGGCUGAACAACCAUUCAUCAUCUGGACUGACCAUAAGAACCUCAUCUACCUCAAGGAAGCCAAACGUUUAAACCCACGCCAGUACAGAUGGUCUCUUUUCUUUUCUCGGUUUAAUUUCCUGAUCUCUUACAGACCCGGUACAAAGAAUACCAAACCCGACGCACUCUCUAGACAAUAUGCUCCAGACCGGGAUAACCCACCAUCGACCAUCCUUCCCUCCAACUGUGUGUUAGGGAGCGUCACCUGGGAGAUCCGGGAGCAGGUACUGGAGGCCCUUAAGACUGACCCUGGUCCAGACAACGGCCCCCCGGGUAAACUGUUUGUUCCCCAAUCUGUUAGAGGCAAGGUCAUUCACUGGGCUCAUGCUGGUCGGUUCUCCUUACAUCCGGGGGUGGCACGCACUGUGGCCCUUAUUAAACGUACAUUUUGGUGGCCGUCCAUUUUUAAAGAUACCAAGGACUAUGUUUCUGGUUGUCACACCUGUUCCCAACACAAGGGGGACCAUCGCCUCCCAGCCGGUCUACUCCAGCCUCUGCCUACUCCCUCACGGCCUUGGUCGCACAUCGCCCUGGACUUCGUCUGUGGUCUCCCCAUCUCCCACGGUUUCACCUCCAUUCUUACCAUAGUCGACCGGUUUUCAAAGGCUUGCCACCUGGUGCCCCUUAAAUCUCUCCCUUCAUCCGCAGGCACAGCGCAGCUCCUGGUUAAGCAUGUGUUCCGUCUCCAUGGCAUCCCGGAGGAGAUCCUGUCGGAUCGGGGUCCGCAGUUCGUGUCCCAAGUAUGGAAGGAGUUCGCAGAGGCCUUGGGGGCUAAAGUGGCGCUUACCUCUGGACACCACCCCCAAACCAACGGCCAAUGCGAACGGAUGAACCAGGAGCUGGGGGCCAUGCUGCGCUGUGUCUGCUCCAUUCACCCGUCGUCCUGGAGCACCCAUCUUCCCUGGGUGGAGUAUGCCCAUAACAGCCACAUCUCUACGGCUACAGGUCAGUCCCCGUUUGAGGCUUCCCUCGGUUUUCAACCCUCGCUUUUCCCCGCACAAUCUACGCCUGGCUCCUCCGUUCCCCAAUUCCUCCGUUGUGCCCGUCGUGCCUGGACCACCACCAGGGCGGCGCUGGAUCGUACUGCACAGAGGAACAAGCAGGUAGCUGAUCGCCGACGGCGUCCGGCCCCAGUCUACGUCCCAGGGCAGUCUGUGUGGUUAUCGUCCAGGAACAUUCCACUGAAGGCCUCUUCCCGUAAGUUAUCUCCCCGGUUCAUUGGUCCCUUUAAAGUUUUGGCUGUUCCGUCCCCCACUACGGUCCGCCUGGAUCUCCCUCGGACCCUACGUGUGCACCCGGUGUUCCACGUCUCCCUGGUCAAGCCUGUGGUCACCAGUCCUCUCUGUCCCGUGCCUGCACCUCCUCCUCCGGCUCGCCUGCACCAGGGGGACUUGAUCUACACUGUUCGCAGGAUCCUGGACUCCCGUCCCCGCGGUCGGGGUAUGCAGUACCUUGUGGACUGGGAGGGCUACGGUCCCGAGGAACGCUCCUGGGUGCCACGCUCUGCCAUCCUGGAUCCUUCCCUCAUUCGGGAUUAUGAGGCUGCUGCGGCUAGGACGCCUGGAGGCGUCCGUUGGGGGGGGGGGGGGGUACUGUUGUGAGCUGGGAGGUGAGCACUCCACACACACCAUGACAUCACCUGGCUUGUGAGUUCUGUUUUCAGGAGAGAGAGCAGCAGCUGCAAUCAAUCAGCUGAUCAGUGGGUGGCCUUCAUAAGGAGGACGGAGGACACUGCUAAGCCGCCGGAUGAUUACGCCUACUGGUAGAGUCCCAGCCACAGUGUUAACUCGAUUUUGAAACCUUGACUUUGAACUGUCGGAACUUAGACUUUGAACUUUGAAACCUUAGCCUUGAACUUUAGAAACGUGUUUUUUGCUAGCGAUCUUUUGCUCAGAUUUUGUUCUCGUUUUGUCUCAGGCUCAGUCAUCUUUCCAUACACCACCCCCUCGCUGAGACCUUUUGGAUUUACUACUCGACCAUACUACGUCUGGACUUCACUCCCGGUUCCCGUCCUCCUCACGGCACUAACUGCUCCCAGCACUACAGGCUCUCUCUCUCUCCUUCCCUCCGGUUGUAAAACCUUGCCGAUCUUCAUCACCCCAGAAUACUCAUUCACUCUCCCAGCUCACCCCUCCCUGGAGAUCCUCCACCACGCUACAGCUGUAAGUCCUCCUACCAAACUCAUCCUCUACCACACUACAGUUUCAAUCAAGGACUCACCUCUGUUUCCCUUCCCUCAGACGCUGCUCCCGUUUACCCAUUCACUGGAUUUCCAGUGCACCCUAAGUUCUAGUUACCAAAUAAAUCUUUAUUUUUUCA